UUCCUUCUCCUCAUCAGCUCCGGCAAUUCAAUCUUCUUCGUCAUCGACAGCUUAUUGUUUAACCAGGUGCAGAUUCAUCUGCCUUCUUGACUUUUCAAGAUGGCUAAUUUCACCAAACCAGAGAAUGCUUUGAAGCGAGCAGAAGAGUUGAUCAAUGUUGGGCAAAAGCAAGAAGCGCUGCAGUUUCUUCAUGAUCUCAUCACCUCAAGGAGGUACAGGGCUUGGCAAAAGUCACACGAGAGGAUAAUGUUCAAACACGUAGAGUUGUGUGUGGAUAUGAAAAGAGGAAGAUAUGCAAAGGAUGGGCUAAUUCAGUAUCGAAUCAUCUGCCAACAUGUUAAUAUUGCCUCUUUGGAGGAAGUGAUAAAACAUCUUUUGCACCUGGCUACCGAGAGAGCUGAACUUGCACGAACACAGGCACAAGCUCUGGAUGAAGCUUUGGAUGUAGAUGAUUUGGAAGCAGAUAAAAGGCCUGAAGAUUUGAUGUUGAGUUGUGUUAGUGGUGAGAAGGGAAAGGACAGAUCUGAUCGUGAACUUGUCACCCCCUGGUUUAAAUUCUUAUGGGAGACAUACAGAACUGUGCUGGAAAUAUUGAGAAACAACUCCAAACUUGAGGCGUUGUAUGCGAUGACAGCACACCGAGCCUUUCAGUUUUGCAAGCAGUACAAACGCACAACAGAGUUUCGCCGUCUAUGUGAAAUCAUAAGAAAUCAUCUUGCAAAUCUAAACAAAUAUAGAGACCAGAGAGACCGCCCUGAUCUGUCUGCCCCUGAAAGUUUGCAGUUGUAUCUUGACACAAGAUUUGAGCAGCUAAAAGUUGCCACUGAACUUGGUUUAUGGCAGGAAGCUUUUCGUUCCGUCGAAGACAUUUAUGGACUGAUGUGCAUUGUUAAGAAAACCCCUAAAACAUCUCUGUUGGCUGUCUACUAUGCUAAGCUUACCGAAAUCUUUUGGAUAUCAUCAAGUCAUCUCUAUCAUGCUUAUGCAUGGCUCAAACUUUUUUCUCUCCAAAAAAGUUUCAAUAAAAACUUCAGCCAGAAAGAUUUGCAGUUGAUUGCAUCGUCUGUUGUCUUAGCGGCACUUUCAGUGCCACCCUAUGGCCAAUCACAUGGGGUGUCUCACUUGGAGCUUGAAAAUGAGAAAGAGCGGAAUUUGCGCGUGGCCAAUUUGAUUGGAUUUGAUGUUGAACCAAAAACUGAGACCAGAGAAGUGGUCUCCCGAUCUGCACUUUUGUCAGAAUUGGCGUCCAAAGGUAUAAUGACAUUUGUCUCACAAGAAGUGAAAGAUCUUUACUACCUGCUUGAAAAUGAGACCAAUCCUUUGGAUCUGGCAUUGAAAGCACAGCCUUUGUUGAUCAAAUUAUCAAAGCUUGGGGGUAAACUAUCCUCAGCUUCUUCUGUCCCCGAGGUGCAAUUGUCUCAGUAUGUUCCUGCUUUGGAAAAAAAUGUUACUUUGAGGUUGCUGGAGCAGGUGUCUCAGGUGUAUCAUACAAUUCAGAUUGACCAUUUGUCUAAAAUGAUCCCUUUCUUUGACUUCUCUAUUGUUGAGAAGAUAUCAGUGGAUGCUGUUAAGCACAACUUUGUGGCCAUGAAAAUUGAUCAUAUGCAGGGUGCUGUAUUCUUUGGCAAACAGAGUAUUGAGUCGGAAGGCCUUCGAGAUCACCUAUCUGCUUUGGCAGAUUCUUUAAGGAAAGCAAGGGGAAUGAUCUACCCUUCUCCUCCUGUGGAGAAGGCUGCAAAAUUCAGAGAGAUGUUUUCAGGCCUGGGAGAAAUAGUUGAGAAGGAACACAAGAGACUUCUUGCCCGGAAAUCUAUAAUCGAGAAGCGCAAGGAAGAUCAAGAGAGGCUACUCUUGGAAAAGGAACGCGAGGAAGAGUUGAGACGACUAAAACAACAAAAGAUAACUGAAGAGGCUGAGCAGAGAAGGCUUGCUGCUGAGUUUGAACAGAGAAAGAAUGAAAGAAUUCUCAGGGAAAUCAAGGAGAGAGAGUUAGAAGCUGCUCAGGCUUUCCUGGAAGCUGCUCAAAUUGGUACUAAGAAGAAAGGGAAAAAACCACUAUUAGAGGGGGAAAACAUCACUAAACAGACUGUGAUGGAACUGGCUCGGAGCGAGCAACUCAGGGAAAGACAGGAGAUGGAAAAGAAACUUCAAAAGCUUGCCAAAACUAUGGAUUAUUUGGAGAGAGCUAAGAGAGAGGAGGCAGCACCAUUGAUACAAGCUGCAUUUGAACAACGGUUAGCUGAAGAGGCUGCUCUUCAUGAACGAAAUCAGCAGCAAGAGGUUGAAAUGAGCAAAGAACGACAUGCAAGUGAUCUGUUAGAGAAGAAGAGGUUGGGUCGCAUGAUGGAGAACAAGAAAAUCUUUGAAGCAAGAGUUGUGAGUCGUAGAGAAGAUGAACAGAAUAGAAUCAAAAGGGAAAGGGAGGAACGGAUCAGCCAACUUAUCCAGUCACGGAAACAAGAAAGGGAGGCUAAGAGAAAGAUGUUAUUCUUUUUGAAAACUGAAGAGGAACGCCUAAAGAGGCAGCGUGAAGAGGAGGAAGCUCGUAAACUAGAAGAAAUGGAGAGGCGACGGAAAGAAGAAGCAGAGCGCAAGGCCAAACUGGAUGAGAUUGCAGAGAAACAGAGACAGAGAGAGCUGGAACUUGAAGAAAAGGAGAGGAAGAGAAAAGAAGAGCUCUUGGGAAAGAAGCUCUCCUCUGUUGUGCCGGCAGCCACCGAGUCCGGACCCACCACCAAUGCUGCAGCACCCCCGCCUGCUACAAACAAGUAUGUGCCCAAGUUCAAACGGAUGAUGGCGGAAGGUGGUGCUGCUGCCACCCCGGCAGCCGCUCCUCCAGAACCAGACAGAUGGGGUGGAGGAAGCCGUCAAGAAGAGAGGCGCAGCAGCAGGCCAGAUGACAGGUGGCAGCGCGAUGAUCGGGACCGGAGGCCUUUUGCCGCCUCAAGGCCACCUGGAGCUUACGUCCCGCCUUCUUCUAGAACUCGCGUCUAACGCUUUGUCGGUCCCACCCAUGGAAUCGUCGGCACUCUUGCAAUUUAUGUAUUACGGAGUAGAAAAAAAUCCUCUUGUUUUUUGAGUUUGUGUAUAAGCCUUGUGAUUGGCAUUUGGAUUCAUAAAUGUGCUGGUGGUAGUCAUGGUUUUUGAAAAUUUUGUACUACGUUUUUUUUUUUUGAAAAAUGUGGUUGGUCACAACAUUUGUGUUGUGGGAUAUAUUUUGAGGACUUUGUAUGUUACCUUCUUUUUUAAUGCUAAACGCUUAUUUUAUUUUACCAAGAAAAAUUAUCAUCUUAU